AUUCUUAAAUGCUACGAUACUCGCACCAAAAUGUGUUUUCACAGAGAAAACUAGGGCUAGUUUGAUGCGGAGUGAUAUCCGCCUUAGUGAGUGACGUGAAUCAGAAGUCAAGAUCCCGAGUGUGGAGCGAAGUCUGAUUGUCAGGACUGACAGCAUUCCUGUUGCAGGUUUUGCCUGGACUUAUACCAGCCACGUUGGGGUGCAUUUUCACAUUGCACGGAGUUGCAAUUGGUCACUGGAACCUUAGGCUUGUAGAAGUGCCCCCUUGUGCUAAAGAACCCAGACUAACCGCAGUCUUGCAGCGUGUCUGAGGCAUGCAUGACUUGUGAAGUUGCGGUGACUAAUCGAUUAAUCCAUUCGAUCCGUCGAUUACUCGAUGAUGUAUGACCAAGUCGAUGAGAGCUCAGUAGAAUAUACGUAGCCUCAAUAUUGUGAUCUAAGAACAAGAGCUUAAAAAUGACGGGCGGUGGAGGCGGCGGAGAACACCCCUUAACGGUGGUUCUUCGAAUCCGUCCUUUGAUGAAUGAGGAGGAACUGGUUGGAUGUCAUACAUGUGCACACAAAGUAGACAACAAUAUGGUCGUACUGAUGGACCCCACAGAGGAUCCUGAUGAUAUUUUACGAGCCAAUCGCUCUAGAGAGAAGAAGUACAUCUUUGAUCAUGCCUUCGACUACAAGUCUACAACGGAAGAAGUGUAUCAGGUUACCACAAGACAUUUAAUUGACAACGUGAUCUCAGGUUACAAUGCAACUGUGUUUGCAUAUGGUGCUACUGGUGCUGGAAAGACAUAUACCAUGCUUGGUACAGACACAGAACCUGGUAUAAUGUACCGUACUCUGUCUGACCUCUUCAGUGCAAUGGAGAAGACGAGGUCCGAUAACACAUACAAAGUGACCAUGUCCUAUCUAGAAAUCUACAACGAGAUGAUCCGUGACCUGCUAGCACCUGCUGCAGGGUAUCUAGAGCUUCGUGAAGAUGCCAAGGGAGUGCAAGUGGCUGGCCUCUCAGAAAUCAUGACCAAGUCUACCUUAGAGAUUAUGGAAUUGUUAAAAGAAGGAAACAAAGAGAGAACCCAAGAACCUACCGCUGCCAACAAGACCUCUUCACGAUCCCAUGCCAUUCUCAUGAUAACAGUCAAGCAGAAGAACCGCAUUCGUGACACCAAGGAUACAGUGAGAAUAGGAAAGCUUUUUCUCAUUGAUUUGGCGGGGUCGGAGAGGGCUUCAAACACACAUAAUCGAGGGAAACGAAUGGUGGAAGGAGCCCACAUCAACAGGUCGCUUCUGGCUCUGGGGAACUGCAUAAAUGCACUGAGUGACAAAAAUGGUUCCAAGUAUGUCAACUACAGAGACAGCAAGUUGACUCGUCUACUGAAAGACUCCCUUGGUGGAAAUUGCAAGACAGCCAUGAUUGCCCACAUUAGUCCUGCCAGCGGAAACUUUGAAGAAUCUCGGAACACACUAGUCUAUGCUGACAGAGCAAAGAGUAUAAAGAACAAGGUGCGGAAGAAUGUGAUUGAUGUGAGUUACCACAUAGCCCAGUACACCAGCAUCAUCAGCGAGCUGCGAGAGGAGAUAGGGAGGUUACGGAGGAAGUUAGAUCAGCAAGAACUUCAGCAGAAAAGUGGAGUGGCUAAUAUUCAGGCUGUGCAAUCUGAAGUCCUAGCAACAACAAGACAGGAGGUCCACACAGAGUUGGCAAAUCUCAAAGAACAACUUAUCACCAGCUUCAGAAACCAGAUGGAUUUGAGGAGAGGGCUGAUGGAUAUAAAUAAUUCUACCAUGGAGAUAGACUUGGAGACCAGCAGACACACACUUAUUCUGCAAGAAUAUGAAGCAGAAAAGACAAGAAAGCAGAAAGAUUCCAGUGCUUCAGCUUCAGACCUCUCAAAAGAUGAAGAAGGCGUUGAAAAAGAAGCAGAAUCGGCCAGCACCCCAGAACCUGACGAUGUCAAAGUGGCAAGAGAUGAACUGAAGGUCCUCAGGGAAGAAAAAGAACGAACUGAAAAAAUCAAAGUCAACAUAGAGAGAGAGUUGGUUGUGGCCAAACGGAGAGCAGAAAAGUUGGAAGAAAUUCUGCCCAGCAAAAUCAGCAGUGAAGAGCAAAAAGAGAUCUUGUCUCUCUUGUGCAAAGUGCAUGAACUGGAGAUUGAAAACAUAGAGCUUCAGUCUCAACUGUUUCUCAAAGAACAUGAAAUUAGGCAAAAAGAUGUUGAUUUCACGAAGCAUCUUCAUGGCCGCACACUCAGGGAUGAAAUCAUUCAGCGACAGAGAGCAUUAUUGGAAGAAUGCCAGAUGUCUUGCCCUAAAGACUUGGAAGAACUGUAUGACUUGUAUGAGGAGCAGCAGCAAGAAGAAGGAGCAGUUUCCAGAGAUACCUCCACCCACAAUUUAUCAAACUUGCCUUCAUACAAAACUGUGUCUAUAACAAACAUGAACAGGCACUUUCUGGAGCCAGAGAACUCAGAAGAGCAUCUGUCUGUUGUGGAAGAAGACGGCAGUAGUCAACAGGCAAUCAACUCCAAGAGAGACAUUCUUAGACGAUCUUCAGCGCACAUGUUGCACAAAGAGCAACGCAAAGACAGCACUACAGAAGAGGAUGAUAUCUCCAUUAUGGACACAAAAGAUUUUGCAUCAAAUGCUGUGACUAGAACAAACUCAGUUCCUAAACUAAGUGGACGAAAUUCUGACAGUUCUUUAAACAAAGUAGAAAUUCAGUCUAAAACGAGGAACAUUGCUGCAUUGGCAGCAAGGAAAAGGACUAAAGCCCAGAUGGAUGCCUUGAAUACAUUGGAGAGGCUUAGUGUGUAUGACAGAGAGAUCAACAAGACUUUUGUUUCCAUGAAUUCUUUGCAAAUAGAGCAGCUGCCAGACUCUGAAUCCUACCUCACUCCCAGUCGACUGGCAAAACAUGACAACAAAUACGGAUCCAUUCUUACUGUUCAGCACAUGGAUGAUGACUCCACGUCAGUGUUGACUCUGGACAAGAAAAGCAGUGGUGUCAAUGUUGAAAAGAGUGGCGCAGCAAGGGUGACUGGUGGUGCUACCAAAGUGGCAACUAAGAAAGGGGUUCGUAAACUGGGAGGCAAUAAUCACAAGAGGAGGACCAGAGCUGAUAACCCCAACGGGAGCACACAGCUUCUCACUGCCGAAGAAUAUUUUAAACAGCUUGCCAAGUCGGGCCCUCCAAAACACCAAGAGACCAGGGGAUCUACCUCCAACCUCUCUACUGUGGGGACCAAGAAGGUCCAUACAAAGAAGAGGCCCAGUCAUCACAAACAGCCAGUAGGCGCCUCCACGUCCACCACCUUUGCCGAUCUUGAGCCCCAGAGGACGUCCAGGGUCCGAUUUCCCACUGACCACCCUGUCAAUGGUCAGGGUGAGCUGCGUGAAUUGACCCCCGUCAGCACAUCAUCCAGCACUGUGUACCAGAUUGCCCCAGAGAAGGGAAAGGGACUCACUGUACAGAAAAAGAUGAGAGUGUUCAACUCCAACCUGCCAUUGUCUCACUCUCCUGCUGUCAGCACACCAGGACAAAGGGAUAAGAAACCCCCUCCAACCAUUCCAGCCAACUACAGGAAAGGAGACAUCCACAUCACUGGGUUUAGUCUUCAGAGAUAAACUGACCAAUCAGGGGAAAGGAGACAUCCACAUCACUGGGUUUAGUCUUCAGAGAUAAACUGACCAAAGAGGGGAAAGGGGAUAUCCUUAUCACUUGGUUUACCCUUCAGAGAUAAACUGACCAGUGACUUGUCAAAACUUGUCAGAUUUGAAAGAUAACUUCAUUGCUUUCAGUGUGUAAAUGUAGAUUGAGAGAAGAUGCCAUACUUUUAAAUAGACUGUUUUUAGAAAAUUAUAUUUAUAUUAUUAAGUCAUGUAUUAGACAAACAAACCAAAGAAGGAUGUCAUAUGAACCAAAGUACAACAGAAGUUUUUUCAAUCUUUACUAAUGAACCAAAGGAUAAACAUUUUACCAACCAAAGAAAAAAAUGUCAACAGUGCUAUAAAAAAUGUAGCAACUAAAAAAGCAAAUUAUUUGCUUUUUGAGCAUCAGAGAAAAGAACAUUUCAACUGAUGCUACUCUCACUGGUAGUCAGAUAGAUAUCAGGAAAGUUCUUAUUACAAUAUAUCACAAAUUGUGCUAUGUGAUUAAUAGUUGGCAUCUUUAUGAUGCAUCAUCAGUCAAAAGCAAAAUAGAGAAUACAUAUUAAAGUUAAAGUUAGAUUGAGUAAUAGUGCAUUAUAAUGGUUUUAAUAUGGUUUUGGCAUUCUGGCCUUGCUGUUAUGGUUGUAAAAUGACCAACUUAUUUUUGUUGAUACAUGGGCAUUUUCUACUGGCACAUAUUCCCUACUUAGGUGUAAACAACUGGUAAUGACAAACUUUGCCUUGUGCCAUAUUUAUGAUGUUAUGAAUUUUCAGAUGUUAAGAAAUGCAGAUUAAUCAUGAAAUGACACGUAGAAAUGUACAUCCUUGUAAAAUUAAAAAAGGGCACAACGUACUAGUACUUAUGAACUUUGACUUUGCAGGAGGACGUUUUCCUGAACAGAAUAUUUAAAGUCUUGGUUAUUGGAGGGGGGAGGGUGUGAUUUCUAUUACAAGUGCAAUAGCAACUAAAUUAUCAAUGCAUAGGGGCACCAAAGAGCACAUACUUGUGACUCUUACAUAGUACCAGUAAUAUUGUUCUGUGAACAAGAAGUGUGCCUUGAGAUCGGUUUGAAACAAUGGUGUCAAUUUUAUUUAUUGGAAUCUCAAAUUUUUAAU